GCGGGCUUUCAGCAUCACGUGGUCCUUUCGCGGGAAAAGAGAGUUGCGGCAGGAAAGAGAAGAACGUUUCUUCACGAGCGGCGGACAGAGACAGAACACAACAAUGGCGGAUUCCUCCGAGUCGUUCCACAUGGCCACCAGCCCAAGCCGAGCCUCCAGGAGAGGAGACAUGACCUCCAGCCCUGGACGAGACUUGCCCCCCUUCGAGGACGAGUCUGAGGGUCUGCUGGGGGAUGUGACGCUGCCCGGGGAGGAGGAGGAGGACGGAGACGGAGAGGAGCUGAUCGGGGACGGGAUGGAGAGGGAUUACCGAGCCAUCCCGGCCCUGGAUCAGUAUGAGGCCGAGGGUCUGGACCUGGACGAUGAAGAUCUGUCGGAGCUGUCGCCUGGGGCUCGAGCCGCCGCUGAGGAGGCGAUGAGUAGGAGAGACAGGGAGCAGGGAGUGAGCGGGAGGCUGAGGAGAGGACUGCUCUAUGACAGCGAAGACGAGGAUGACGAGCGCCCGGCGGCUCGGCGAAGGCGAUUGGCCGAGCGUGCAGCAGAGGGCGUGGCUGACGGAGAGGAAGAGGAGAUGAUUGAGAGCAUCGAGAACCUGGAGGACAUGAAGGGUCACACGGUGAGGGAGUGGGUGUCCAUGGCGGCUCCACGACUCGAGAUCUACAACCGCUUCAAGAACUUCCUGCGGACGCACGUGGACGAGAACGGACACAACGUGUUCAAGGAGAAGAUCAGCGACAUGUGCAAAGAGAAUAAGGAGAGUCUGGUCGUGAACUACGAGGACCUCGCAGCCAGAGAACACGUCCUCGCCUACUUUCUGCCCGAGGCUCCGACCGAGAUGCUGAAGGUCUUCGAUGAAGCAGCUAAAGAAGUCGUUCUCGCCAUGUACCCGAAAUACGACCGCAUCGCUCAUGAGAUCCACGUCCGCAUCUGCAACCUGCCGCUGGUGGAGGAGAUCCGCUCGCUCAGGCAGCUCCACCUCAACCAGCUGAUCCGGACCAGCGGCGUGGUGAGCAGCUGCACCGGCGUGAUGCCUCAGCUCGGGAUGGUCAAGUACAACUGUAACAAGUGUAACUUUGUGCUCGGGCCGUUCUUCCAGUCCCAGAACCAGGAGGUGAAACCGGGCUCCUGUCCCGAGUGUCAGUCCUUCGGACCUUUUGAGAUCAACAUGGAGGAGACUGUGUACCAAAACUACCAGCGAAUCAGCCUCCAGGAGAGCCCCGGUAAGGUCGCCGCGGGCCGCCUGCCUCGCUCCAAGGACGCCAUCCUGCUGGCCGACCUGGUGGACAGCUGCAAGCCCGGAGACGAGAUCGAGCUGACGGGAAUCUACCACAACAACUACGACGGCUCCCUGAACAUGGCCAACGGCUUCCCCGUGUUUGCCACCGUCAUCCUGGCCAAUCACAUCACCUGCAGGGACGAGGGCGUGGCCGUCGCCGAGCUGACCGACGAAGACAUCAAAGCCAUCGUCGCCCUGUCCAAAGACGAGCGCAUCGGAGAGAGGAUUUUCGCCAGCAUGGCUCCGUCCAUCUACGGCCACGAGGACAUCAAGCGAGCGCUCGCUCUGUGUCUGUUUGGAGGAAUGCCCAAAAAUCCAGGCGGGAAACACAAGGUGAGAGGAGACAUCAACGUGCUGCUGUGCGGAGACCCGGGAACCGCCAAGUCCCAGUUCCUCAAGUACGUGGAGAAGGUGGCGAGCCGGGCCGUGUUCACCACGGGUCAGGGAGCGUCCGCCGUGGGUCUGACCGCCUACGUGCAGAGACACCCGGUCAGCAGAGAGUGGACGCUGGAGGCCGGAGCGCUCGUACUCGCCGACCGUGGAGUGUGUCUGAUUGACGAGUUCGAUAAGAUGAACGACGCAGACCGGACGAGCAUCCACGAGGCGAUGGAGCAGCAGAGCAUCUCCAUCUCUAAAGCCGGCAUCGUCACCUCGCUGCAGGCCCGGUGUACGGUCAUCGCCGCCUCCAACCCCAUCGGCGGCAGGUAUGACCCCUCCCUCACCUUUGCUGAGAACGUCGACCUGACGGAGCCGAUCGUGUCCCGUUUUGACGUCCUGUGUGUCGUCAGGGACACUGUGGACCCCGUGCAGGACGAGAUGUUGGCUCGCUUCGUGGUCGGCUCCCACAUCAAGCAUCACCCUAGCAACAAGGAAGCGGGCGUGGCCUUAGAGGAUGUGGUCCUGCCCAACACGUCUGACGUGCCGCCGAUCCCCCAGGAGCUCCUGAGGAAGUACAUCAUCUACGCCAAAGAGCGGGUUCAUCCCAAACUGAACCAGAUGGAUCAGGACAAAGUGGCUCGGAUCUACAGCGAGCUGCGCAAAGAGUCCAUGGCGACCGGCAGCAUCCCCAUCACGGUGCGUCACAUCGAGUCCAUGAUCCGGAUGGCGGAGGCUCACGCUAAGAUCCACCUGAGGGACUACGUGGUGGAGGACGACGUGAACAUGGCGAUCCGGGUGAUGCUGGAGAGCUUCAUCGACACGCAGAAGUUCAGCGUGAUGAGGAGCAUGAGGAAGACGUUCGCCCGUUACCUGGCCUUCCGCAGAGACAACAACGAGCUGCUGCUGUUCAUCCUGAAACAGCUGGUCAACGAGCAGGUCGCCUACCAGAGGAACAGAUACGGCGUCCAGAACGACAAUAUCGAGAUCCCCGAGAAGGACCUGCAGGACAAGGCGAGACAGAUCAACAUCCACAACCUGACGGCGUUCUACGACAGCGACCUCUUCAGCUCCAACAAGUUCAGCCACGACGGGAAGAAGAAACUGAUCCUGCAGCAGUUCUGAGAGCUCCGCCUCCUCCUCUUCCUCUUCUUCCUCCUCUCUUCUUCCUCGCUCUGUAAAGUAGCACUUCCUGAAGUCUGUCGGCGCCUCCGGCCUGGUUCGUUCAAAGCAGCAGCGGUUUAGAGGAAGAUCGUCCUCUGCUGACCAUCGUCUGUGGAGACGUUCGAGUGAUUAAAACAUGCUCGUUAACGUCGGCGUUGAUGAAAUGAAGAGGGAACUUUUGAUAGAAACGGAGCUGAUGAAGACUGAGACUCUGAUGUGACAGAAGGAGAAACUCGAUUGUAAAUAGAUGUACAUGUUUGUGUCGAUGCUGUUGAAGAAGCACAUCGUCUUGUUUCUGUUUCCUGCUGUUCAGAUAAAUUCAGAUUCUAGUUUCCUGCUUCGAACUCGAACUGAAGCUUUGUGUAAAAUAAAUAAAAAAUUAAGUUUGUUGUCUCUAAUGUGGGAGAUAAACCUGAUGUCUGAUGGUUGUUUUGAUAUUAAAAACGUGGAUUUGU